AAGUCAACUUUCACUGAUUUCACUAACCCGUGCUUUUUUUAUUUUGUUGCAUGUUGGGUGUGGACUUUUUUUGGUUUGGACAUUUGAUUACUUCUCGAGCAGGAGACGACGUUUUUCGCACCUUUGACAUUUCUAUACUUUGUUGCGAGUAUGAACUAUUUAUGUAGCGUGGCAAUUAGAAAGGGAACUUUUCAGAGUGGGCAACAUUCGUACGGGAUACUAAUUUUUGCUUCGAUAAUCGGAAUCAUCAACUCCAUUCUUUACGGAGUUGCAGUAUUUUUCGCGUACCGGAAUUUCAAGUCAGGCUGAACCUCGAGCUGCAUCAAUCAACUUUCUCACGGACUAAUUAAUACUCUAAAACUUGUAUCUUAUUUUGUGCAUAAACGAUUGAUGAUGAGAUCCACGUAGCGUUAAGACAUUGUCAUAAUAUUUGUUGCUUUACUACCCGUAGGAAACAAAUGAGUAAGGAAAUAGUUGCUGUGAGCUGUGAAAGCAUGUCGAAUAAGAAUUCCACUGCGUGUGGUGCUACAAACCCUGCAAAAAUGUUUCCCAUUAUUUUAAACAAAUGCGAUAAAUAGCUAAUAAAGCCAGCUACAAAAGUAAUCUGCUAUUUUUUGCCAACGCUUGAUCCCAAUGGGGCGUUGUGAAGAGAUUUGUUUAAGAAAGUGGAAUCGGAGGAGAUGGGACGCAUCUUUCUUUUCAAGUGGAAUGUGUCAACCUAGUUUUACAAAUGAGAAUCUGGAACAGCAACCACGAGAGAAACACGCCGGAAAAGAAAGGACGCCUUGAUAUCUCACUCGUUCGACGCGUAUAGCUUUACGACGACAUAUGAAUCUGUGUCUUCUAAUACUUGUCACAUUGUCAGCCAAGAGUAUUGUGCUUGAACCAAUAAUGCUUUAUAUUUACAUGUACAUACAUACGCGAUAAAUAUUUAUGCAUAUGAAUUAAAUGUGUUAUAAUUCUACACUUAUUUCGGGAUUUGAUCUUAUUUUUUGUCCAUUUUUCCAUGUUCAAAUUCACAACGCACUAAAAGAAGAAGUUUGUAAUGGAAAUUUUGUCAUGUUUUGAAGUUGGCUGAGUGAAUUGAGAACAAAACACAUGUGCAGUUUGUACAUAAACCAAAACUUUCGUCUUUUUCUUAACUGUCAAAUGGGCAACUUUAAACUACAGCAACGCAUCAGUUUCUAAUUUUAGAUCUUAUUCUCAGUCCGUGUGGGUCGUGUUUAUGAGACUUGGUUUUCAGAGAUCGUUUCCAGAAGGCACGUUGCACAGACGAACACUUAAUGGGAAUUGCAUAGCAUGGCACACCGAGUAUGAAAAAUAGUUAAAUCGAAGAUGGGACAAAACAUGCGUUUUCAAGCAUCUCUUUUCUGGCUUCUUAAUUGUAAUCCUGCUUGUUGCUAGCUUGGGAUUGUGAGUCAUUCUGGUUUUGUGAACCCAAUCCUAUGUCAACACGUGAAUAGAAACACACAACUUUCUGACAGAGUAAUAAGUCAAGAAAUUUCAUAGUUUGUCCAGUAAUUGGAUUUUAUAGUGCUUACAAAUUAAUCUAUUACUCACCCAAGUCACAAGUAAGCCCUUCCGUGGUAAGAAAAAUGUCGGAAAUGCGUGGUGGGCAUUUUUUUCUCUCAGUUCACUGAUUUUCACAUUCUCAUUAUUGAGAAGACACGUUGUGUGCAUGAAAUAUUGCGAUUACAAUAAAAUGGCGAGGAUUGGAGUUGCACCAACAGCAGUACCGGUGAGACCCUUGCCGACAAUCGUGCGAAAUGGUAGAGGAGGAUCAUGUUCUUGUCCUUCCAACAUAAUUUCGUCCCCGCGAGCCAUUCGCUAUAAUCACAGGUCCGUCGGAGCCAGCUCAAAGAAAUUAUGUCAAUGCUGCAUUUGCGGCUGCGUCCAUGUUGACUUUAUGAAAAGGAUGCCUGGAAUUCUGAAGCUCAUUGAAGCGGUUUUUGGAAUAAUUUGCCAAUACCUCCUCCUCGAAUUUGGAUCGAGCCAUUCUUCUGAUUUGGGCUCGUGUUACACGGAAUUUCUUAUUGGGGUGUCGUAUUGCUUGAUCACGACCGUGUUGCUCAUGACGUGCUACUUGUUUUCCAAAAGCACAUAUCACUUGCUCAGAUCUUCAAUUUUUGAAACGGCAUUUAAUCUUCUUGCCUGUUGCUUGUACUUAUCAUCCUCUACUUAUCUGGCGUACAUUGUGAAUACGAGGUUGUUUUUGAAGUAUCUGAUCGUACCAUUUUAUCAAGUCUUCCCAGCUCUGUCUGCUGCAUAUGUGCUUGGAUUUGUUACUGGUGUGGUCCAUGGAAUUGAUGGAUAUUUUGCAUACAGAUAUCUUCAAAUUGGACAGUGAAUUUCAUAAAAUACAACAACCAGACAUUUAUUGGCAAAAAUUAUCAGUCAAAAAGUACAAAUCAAAAUAUAAAAGGAAGUCCAGUGUGACGGAAUGAAAUUGUGGACAAUGUUGUAUACGUUAAAUUAAAAUAAAUGAAUCCAAAGACCUCAACUCUUAAAUUAAAUAUUUUGUAAAAAUUGUGAUUUUUUGUGUUUCAAAUAAAAUUUCAAAUAAAAUGUAAAAAAAA